UCGAAAAAGUAAUGAGUCAUGCCAGCCAAAUAAAUUUAAAAUUAAAUUCUCAAAAUAUUAAUAAUGAUACUUUAAAUAAUCAACAAAAAUCUUCUUUGAAUGCCAAUAAAAAUCAGGAAAACACUAAUCGAAGUCAUGAACUUUUGCCAAAUAUUUUGCCUCGUAGAAGAUUGUCUUGGGCAGUUACAGAAAAACGUAUUUUUUAAAAUAACGAUUUUUUGGUUUGGAUAAUUUAAUGGGAAACAUAAAUAAAUGGACAUUUGUUGCUUAGAAUUAAUUAUCAACAUAAUUUCCACAAAAUUAUGGAUAUAGAAACUUCUAAAUCCUUACCUAUUAUUUUUUCCCCUUCGCUCCCUUUCCUUCCUCCGCCUUCCCUUCUACUCCAAGUACAUUCAUAAAUUUCAAAAAUAAAUCCAAUAAAUAUAUUUAAAAGCAAUCCAAGAAGAAAAAUUAGAAAGACAAACAAAUAGCG